AUGAAGUCCCUCAUGUUUAUUUUAGCUCUGGUCUUGUUCUUGGCCUUGAGUGUGCAUGGAUCUAUCUAUCAAUACAGAUAUUUCAGUGAUGCCAAGUGUACAACUACCCCUUACUUGACUAGAUAUUGGAAUUAUGAUUCAUGUGAACCAGUAGCAAAUAAUUGUACUUUUGGAGGUGAAUCACGAACUUGUCUUUCCAAAUUGCCAGAAAUUACCCCUAGUUCCAAUACCAUUUCGAUUUAUAGUUUUAAUUUUGGUUCUUGCUAUGGUUGGAAUGAUGUUUAUACAUUUGCUACAGAUAAAUGUAUUCCUUACUCAAUGGAAUCAGGUAGUAUAAUCAAAUACCAAUCCAUGAAGACAGACGGAUGCGAUAAGAUCACCUACUAUUAUGGAACUGAUUGUACUAGGGAAGGAAAAACAACAACAAUUUCUGGCACGAACUUGUCUUUCCAAAUUGCCAGAAAUUACCACUUCAUGUGUUGA